AUGCUACCGCUUGAGGUUACUCCGGAAUCUCGGCUACUGGAAGAGGUCACGGCCUUAGCUGAGGUAUCAUCGGAGAGUGACGAAGCUGAGUUAUCAGGACCAGUAGCAGUAGUAGUAGCCAUACCUUCGCCCUCUCCAGAUCUAAAGGGAAACACCGUAGGUGACCUGCUCGAAUCUUCGGAGAUAGUCCCACUAGAUUCAGACUCGUCCAUAGCUGACGUAGACGUGGUGAGGGUCGGCGCGGGUUCCCUCGUGGAGGUAACAAAGGCGCUCGAGGUUGGAGUGAAGGUCAAGCCUGAAGUUGUUGGAAUGGAUGGUCCCAAGGACAGGUUUGGAGAAUCAGAAGAAACAAAAUUCACAGUUUGCUUAGCAGAGUCUAGAUUCAAGAAGCUUCCGGAUGAUGUGCUAAUUUCAAGAGAUGAUAGGCUAAGAGAGGGAGCAGUUCCGAACGAAGACGAUAUCGGCGGCGCAGAGGUAUCCACUACAUCACUUAAAGUCAGUUCACUUGAAUCCCGAGAAUUGGUGAUAUCAAAAUGGUCUGAGACAACCGCACUCGUCAUCGAGCUCGAUGACAUGGUGAAUGAGGUGUCAAAUUCUUGGUCGGUGGUCAAUACUUUAGAUCCGAAGUUGUCCGUGUUAGUAAAAACGACUGAUAGUUCAGAUGCGCUAGACUUAUGA